AUUAAUUUCCUAGUUCAAUCUAGUAGUUGAACGCGGUAGAAGAUGCAGUCAACGAUAGUCAAACAGCCAUUGUUGAGUAAUUUUGCACAUGGGGUUCUAGUCUCAUUGAAUAUUUCAAGAGGUUGCGCUUGAGUAAACAGCGACUUGAAUCCCAGACAAUUAGCACUUUUCCACGCUAUCUGCUACCCAGAAACACAUCCUUCUUCAACUCCUCCUCCACUACGGCUUGUGGCUCAGAGACGCUGUAGAGAAACUCUAGACUUGCUACCACAUUGUACCUCCUUCUUGUCGAGAGAGUACAGCUGAUCAAGAACAUUGAUGACCAUCUGCUGAGAGCCUCUGACAGUGGCCUUGUUUAGUGACGUGCUGCUUCCACCCGUCUCCAUCCUUCUACCCCGGUCUCCAUCCUUCUACCCCGGUCUCCAUCCUUCUACCCCGGUCUCCAGUCCUGCACCGGUCUCCAGUCCUGCACCGGUCUCCAGUCCUGCACCGGUCUCCAGUCCUGCACCGGUCUCCAGUCCUGCACCGGUCUCCAGUCCUGCACCGGUCUCCAGUCCUGCACCGGUCUCCAGUCCUGCACCGGUCUCCAGUCCUUCACCCUCUACUUUGUUCUUGUCUCCACUCCAUCUUUCUGUCCUCAAUCCCUCCACCCUGGUCUCUGCCUCAACCCUCCACCUUAUUCCUACCCUCCCCGAACCAUCACCAUGGGGGCUGAGAAAGACACAGACACCAUUUUGACUGGCUCCAUGCGUAUGAAGCAGGAAAUCUCCCUGCUCCAAGGGGUCUGCCUCAUUGUGGGAAGCAUGAUCGGCUCAGGCAUCUUCAUCUCCCCCAAAGGGGUGCUCUUCUACACAGGCUCCUUCGGCCUGUCCCUGGUGGUGUGGGCCAUCGGCGGGGUCUUCUCUGUUUUCGGGGCCCUGUGCUACGCCGAGCUGGGAACCACCAUCCGCAAGUCUGGGGCCAGCUAUGCCUACAUCCUGGAGUCCUUUGGUGGCUUCGCGGCUUUCAUUAGGCUGUGGUCGUCCCUGAUGAUCGUGGAGCCAGCAGGCCAGGCUGUCAUAGCCCUCACCUUCUCCAACUACCUGGUGCAGCCCUUCUACCCCACGUGCUCAGCCCCCUACGAUGCUGUGAAACUCAUAGCAGCAGCCAUCAUCAGUCUCCUGACGUGUGUGAACUGUAUGAAGGUGAAGUGGGGGGCCAUUCUCCAGGUGGUCUCUACAGUAGCCAAGGUACUGGCCCUCAUUGUCAUCAUCAUUGCUGGGAUGAUCAAGCUGGGACAAGGCCAGACGCAGAACUUUGAGGAUUUGUUUAAGGGUUCUAAAGUAAACCCUGGGGACAUGGCCCUGGCUCUGUACGCUGCGCUCUACUCCUACUCGGGCUGGGACGCACUCAACUUCAUCACCGAGGAGAUCAAGAACCCGAAGAGGAACCUCCCACUGGCAAUAGGGAUCUCCAUGCCCAUCGUCACAGUGAUCUACAUUCUGACUAAUAUAGCUUACUACACCGUUAUGGAUGCUGGCACCGUGCUGGCCAGUGAUGCUGUGGCUAUGACUUUUUCUGAUUUGGUCCUGGGCUGGGCUCGGUGGCUGAUCCCCUUGUCAGUGGCCAUCUCCUGUUACGGAGGACUCAACUCCUCCAUCAUUGCUGUCUCCAGGCUGUUCUUCGUGGGCUCCAGGGAGGGCCAUUUACCCAACGUCCUCUGCAUGAUCCACGUCGAGCGCUACACCCCCAUCCCAGCACUGCUCUUCAACGGAGGCAUGUCUCUGAUCUACCUGUGUGUGAAGGACGUGUUCCAGCUCAUCAACUACUUCAGCUUCAACUACUGGCUGUUCAUCGGCCUCUCCAUCGCCAGCCAGAUAUACCUCCGGUUCAAGGCUCCCAACAUGCCCCGGCCCGUCAAGCUCUCUCUGUUCUUCCCUAUAGUGUACUGCCUAUGCAGUGUGUUCCUGGUGGUAGUACCUCUCUACAGUGAUACCAUCAACUCUCUGGUUGGUAUCGGGGUGGCUUUGUCUGGAGCUCCAGUGUACUACAUCUGUAUCCACCUGCCCCCCUCCUCCAGGCCUGCCUUCCUGGGCAGGAUGCUCGAUGCGAUCUCCCUGAACACCCAGAAGCUGUGUCUGUGCUGUGUGGCCUCACGUGACCUAGACCUGGACAACAUCCCUGAGCAGAAGCUGGAGUGAGGGAUGAAAGGAGGUGUGGAGGGAUGGAGGUAGAUACUGAGCCAAAGGUGGAAACAGGCAGACCACAAUCACAGCUACACUCCUUCUGCGCCAAUGAUGAACAUUUGUUUUUAAUGAUUUUUUUGCCAGGACUUUAUUAUUAAUCAUGUGUGACUUGCUUGUCCUAUGGGACUGUACAGUGUGUGUGUGUUCAGUGCUGAGGAAAGCCACUUUCUAGUGCCGGUGGACUCUGACAACCACAUGCAUGCAGCACAAUGUAGUUCACUCCUACUGGUUACACCUAUGGAGACGAUCAACCAUGGGAGUUUAACCAUUUAACAACGCAAGAAUUUCAAAUGGAGAUUUGAACAGGCCCUACUGACCAUUUAGGAGGAGUAGGUUUUCAUCAGCAGGACCUACUGAAUAAAGCUAAUGGAGAAUUGAUUUUUUUUUUUUUAUGAAAUGAGUUAUUUGUUUUGAAAGAUGUCAGUGAAAGAUGCCCAUUCUGGCCAUACUUUACUUGCACUAGGCCAGGUGGUGUGUGUGCUCAAACUGCCUGUCUGAUUGUUUACUGGUCAUUGAACAUUGCUCCAACUUAGUGGCUGUCAAGUGACUGACUCAUGUACUAUAUGGGAACUGCCAUGGGUUGAGCCGUUAUGGCAUCAAAGUCAUGUUUAUUGGUGAAGCUGACAGACGGUGAAUUCUUAUUUUAUUUUACCUUUAUUUAACUAGGCAAGUCGAUUAAGAACAAAUUCUUAUUUUCAAUGACGGCCUGCAGGCCAGGAUAUGUUUCCAAUAAUAUACAGAGGACUGGUCUCAAUGUUUUUAGUUUUAGUUUUUGUAUAAAAAAAAUAUACCCAUUAGAUGGCGAUCCUAUUCAUGACAUCUCUGCCAUAGACUUACCAUGGUGUCAUGCAUGUCUUGCUCUCUGUUUUUUUUAUAGACCUAGAAAUCCUACGACAUGGAUUUGGUAGGAUCCAAUGUCGUAAAUAUGCACACAGCUUGCAGGAUUAGAGGAAUGCAACAUCUCCUUUAUAAUGCAAUUCAUUGAGAAGCCAGAUCAAAUAUUAAAGCUACUGGCUGAGACAUAUUUGAUUUCUAUGCACCAUCUAGUGGUAGUUUUAUGAACUUCAGGUUGUUGAGAGCAAGUCAAUGUUGUGAAUCACUGCACUCGGGGCACUUGCAUCCAAAAGUUGUUGUUCUGAAUGCGCUGUCUCUUAUUGGUGUUUGCAUGUAUGUUGUCAUUGGAAAUUUGCUUUAAAGGGGCAAUCAGCAGUUUAAACUAUAACAAUGUGGCGCAGUGGUGUAAGGCACUGCAUCUCAGUGCUAGAAGUGUCACUAAAGACACUAUCUCAACCGGCUGUGAUUGGGAGUCCCAUAGGGUGGUGCACAAUUAUCCCAGCGCAUUCCGGGUUUGGCCCUGUAGGCUGUCAUUGUAAAUAAGAAUUGGUUCUUAACUGACUUGCCGAGUUUUAAAAAAUGGGUACUCCCUGCCCGUUUUGGUAAAAAGCUGAGGGAGAAAUAUAGCCACUCAAAUUCAUAGACGGUGCUAUGGAUGCAAGGACUGACCAUCCAUGAUAUCAAAAUGAUAGACUUAACCAUUUUGAGGCCGUUUGUUUACAUUUACUUUGUUUACAAACAAAUGUAAGGUUUUUCUCAGUUCUGAUGGUGAACGUCAGUUGAACUAAGCUCAUCAGGCAUUUAUAAUUUAUAUUCUUCAAGAAUCAAUGGGUACAUAUCAUUCAUUUAUAAGUCCAAAAAUCGAUGUAGCAACUGCAUAUUGACCCUUUUUAAUAAAUGAUCUCAUUCCAUCUAAA